GCCGCUAUAAAGGGGCCGCGGCCCGACGGCCGCUCAGCCCCCGCCCGGCGCCCACCAUGGCCACUCGGGCCCUGCUGCUGCUGCUACUGCUGCUGCCGCCGCCGCUGCUCCGGGGCUGCGCCGCGCGCCCCGCGCCCCCCAGGGCCCCGCGACACUCGGACGGGACUUUCACCAGCGAGCUCAGCCGCCUGCGGGAGAGCGCGCGGCUGCAGCGGUUGCUGCAGGGCCUGGUGGGGAAGCGCAGCGAGCAGGACACAGAGAACAGCACAGCCUGGACCAACUCUGCGGAGGGCCACCUCUGCCUGCUGUGGUCCGACGCGCCCACCCUGCAGGCCUGGAUGCCCCUGAGGCCCCCCGAGGAUCAGGCCUGGUCUCCCCAGAUGCCUCUUGGACUGAGGGCUGGGGUCAUGGUGUCAGAGCCGGCCAUCCCUGCUGCUGAGGGGACCCAGAUGAGGCCCUGAGGAAGAAGGAACCUCCCAAGGGGAGCCUGGACAGGGGAGGGGGGCGGAGGAGGGGGGGUUGCAGUUGGCACCAAUAAAGGAGCAAUUCAGACCCUGGCCCUGUGAGCCCGCUCUGUGCGCCGUCUGGGUACCAUCGAGGAAGCUGCUGCAGGGCACGGCUGCCAGAGGG